AUCAUGAGCAUCAUGCAGUCAAACUCCUCUGCAAAUGUGACCUUUAUUCGUCCUGCAACAUUUUUCAUCAACGGCUUUUUUAAUGUCCCACAUGUGAAAUACUACUAUGUGUUCUUGUCUUUGGUGUAUGUUGUGACUGUUUUAGGGAAUUCAUUUAUCAUGUAUGUCAUUUAUUUGGCCCGCAGACUUCACACAGCCAAAUACAUUAGUGUUUUCCAUCUGGCCCUUUCUGAUCUGUGUGGAAGCUCGGCUUUGAUUCCAAAAGUCAUAGACACAUUUUUAUUCGAGCAUCAGGACAUCUCAUAUGAAGCGUGCUUGACAUAUAUGUUUUUUGUGUAUCAUUUCAUGAACCUGCAGUCUUUGACACUACUUGUCUUGGCUUAUGACAGACUGGUUGCUAUUUGUUUUCCUCUACGGUAUCAUGCCAUUGUAACCAAAACAGCCAUGUUUCUGAUCAUAGGCGUUAUGUGGAUUUUUUCUGUAGCAUUUUUUUCUGUACUUGUAGGAUCUGUGAAUAGACUUUCUUUUUGUGGCUCUAAUGUGCUUGAUAGUUAUUUUUGUGAUUAUGGCCCUAUCUAUAGAAUAGCCUGCAAUGAUAAUUCUGUAAAUGUUUUGUUAGGUAAAAUUUGCUAUAGUCUCUUGAUUUUUACACCACUAAUUUUGAUCUUCAUCUCAUAUGUCUGCAUUGCUUUAGUUUUGUUUAAAAUUCCCCAUGGUGUUGACCGGAUCAAAUCCAUAAAAACCUGCACCUCACAUCUCAUGUUGGUGGCAAUUUUUUAUAUCCCAAUUUUAAGCAAUAAUAUUGCAUCUAUCAUAACACCUUUGCAUCCAAACGCCCGGAUAAUUAACAAUUCUCUCACUCAGACAAUACCACCUAUGCUGAAUCCCAUCAUAUACACUCUAAAGACAGAGGAGGUCAUGCAAUCCAUUAAAGAGCUGUACAAACGAAGCAGGGUGAACACUACUCAGGAAAGAAAUAUGAAAUGCAGUAGGAGAAAUUAAAAAUAAUAAUUACAGGUUUAAUCUCACUGCAUAUUAUCUGUGAUCAUUUAGAAUUUUUGUUGUUAACAGGCCAAAUAUAUAUUAAAAAACAAAUACAGCUGCUUUGUGAUUUCCCUCUUUUGUUAAAAAAAAAAAAAAAAAAUCAUUUAAUGAUGUUAGGUUAACAGUAAGAACAAAAGAAGAGAACCCAUUAAAUUUGCUUUAAAUAUAACAACUGCUGUAUUCAUGCACAGCUAUUGGAUAUUGGACAUUUUUUUGUUCCUAUAUGGAUAAUAUGUGUAAUAUGCCUAGUUUUGUGCAUUCACUAAUUCUCACCAUUCUCACAUAUGAUCCCACACCAUGUAAUGCAGGCCUAUGCUUCAGUGAACUAAACUCAUUAAACAUAAUCCUUAAAUUAGA